ACAUCUGAUUACAAAUUAUACACACAAAGCAUACAUAUUGAUUGAAUAUGUAAACAAUUCAUUAAACAAUUCAAGAAGUUAGCUAUGAACCAUUAAUUUAUUAUGUUUUUCAAUUUUUUGGUGAUGAGUCAUGACCCAUAUAUUAAUUGUCUACAUGUUCUUGACAUGUCCAGUGAAAAAACAAAGUCCCAUCUCAGAUCUCUCCAAUUCUUUGACAUAUGCAAAUUCAGAUUCAUCCUAAUUCUGUAUGUAGUUACACGGUAUCAAACCAUGUCUGCAAAAUCCACUUGUACCUUUGGGUUCUCAGUCAGCCAAGAAUUGAAUUCUUGAUAGUUACCCUUCAGUACUGGUUUGUAUAUCAUGUGUAUGUGUAAUUUCACCGCCUCUCUUGAUUUGCCUGCAAAAUCUUGUCUACUUUUUUCUUGGCUAUUCUUCUAUUGAUUUAAUCUUUGUUCGUUUUCAAGCUGGAAUCAAUUUUCUCACUGAUCUUCUCUUGGUUGUAUGAACAAUAAGCACCUGUGUAUUGUCAAGUCAUUAUAUUCCCGUCUUGUCCCUUAUUCCUAAUUCGUUUGAUCUUCGUCAUGGUCAAUGAUUUUGAGCCUUGAAAUUUGAUCUUUGCAGUUGUAAAUCCAGCCAUCCAGGUACAUCAGAUUUGGUAUUAGGGCUUCUCUUAAAUGCAUGUUUGGUUAAGAAUAGAAUUUACAUUUCAAGUGACUUUUUGGCCAAAAAUGUUGAGAGGUUUUUCAAAAUUCAAUUUUCUGGGGGAUUUUUAGUUCAUAUUGUGAACAGUACAAUAUCAGUUUUUCAUUUCAUUCUUCCUAUUCCUGGCUCUGAAAUUCUUGAAUUAGCUGUCUUCUACCUGUUGACGUGAUCAUGGGGAAUUUGAGGAUUCUGAAAAUCACAAGCUUGUUUAUUCUUUUUGUGGCACAAAUCUGUAUGUCUAGUGUUCAACGUAUAGGGAAAUUGAAGCCGGGAUUCAAAGGAUCUCAAAUGAAUUGGAUUGACAAUGAUGGGCUGUUUUUAGUGUCCAACAAUACGAAUUUCGCCUUUGGGUUCAUCACUACCCAAGACGUCACCUUGUUUCUGAUUGCUGUGAUUCACAAGGGUACCUCAACCGUAGUUUGGUCUGCUAAUAGGGAUUCUCCAGUUCAGAAUUCAGACAGCUUUGUGUUUGAUGAUUCCGGAAAUGCUUACUUACAAAGGGGGGGAGUGGAAGUUUGGUCAUCGGAUACUGCUAAUAAAGGCGUCUCCACAUUGGAAUUGCUGGACUCAGGAAAUUUGAUUUUGCGUGGGAGAGACGGCAGUUUAAUGUGGCAGAGUUUUAGCCAUCCUACGGAUACUCUCUUGAUGAAUCAGGAGUUUACCGAAGGAAUGAAAAUUGUAAGCAGUCCCAAUUCCAAUAACCUGAGCUACUCCCUUGAGAUUAAAUCUGGGGAUAUGAUUCUUUACGUAGGUUUCCAAACCAAACAACCAUACUGGGCUAUGGGAAAAGACAAUAGAAGAACAAUCAAUAAGGAUGGUGAUGGCAUCACGUCUGCAACUCUUACUGCGAAUUCAUGGCGAUUCUUUGACAAAGAUAAAGUCUUGCUUUGGCAGUUUAUAUUUUCUCAAGAUACCAUAUCAAAUGCAACUUGGGUGGUGGUUUUGGGUGAAGACGGUUUCAUCACGUUUACUCUUCUUCAAGGAGGUUCUUCUGUUCCCUCAUCAGUAAGAAUUCCACAAGAUCAGUGUAGCCUGCCUGCUGCCUGUGAUCCGUAUUUUGUUUGUUAUACGGGUAACAAGUGCCAGUGUCCACCAGCCCUUCCUUCUUGCAAAUUGGGGACUUUUCCAUCUUGUAACAAUUCAAAGAAUCCUGUGGAGCUCGUAAAUGCAGGAGAUGGCCUCAGCUAUUUUGCACUUCGAUAUGUUCAACCAUUUUCCAAAACAGAUUUAAAUGGUUGCAGAGAUUCUUGUCUCAGAAAUUGUUCUUGUGGUGCUAUGUUCUUCGAGAGCAGUUUGGGAAAUUGCUUUUUGUUUGAUCAGAUAGGAAGCUUGCAAAGAUCCAAUGAGGAGGGUAGUCUCUAUCUUUCGUAUAUCAAAGUCCCUGGAACUGGAGGCAGUGAUAGAAACACAGGACGUGGUGACAAGAAACGCUUCCCAUUUGUUGUUAUCAUUAUUAUUUUCACAAUAUUUGUUAUAUUUGGUCUUCUUUACAUGGGAUUUGUUUUCCACCGGAAGAGCAAGAAAUGGCCCGAGUCUCCUAAAGAGAGUUCAGAUGAGGAUAAUUUCUUGGAAGGUUUAUCCGGGAUGCCAAUCCGGUUUAGCUACAAAGAUCUUCAGACUGCAACAGGUGACUUCAGCAGGAAACUAGGCCAAGGAGGGUUUGGUUCGGUGUAUCAAGGGACUCUCCUUGACGGAACUCGACUUGCGGUAAAAAAAUUGGAAGGAAUUGGUCAGGGUAAGAAAGAAUUUCGAGCUGAAGUUAGUAUCAUUGGCAGGAUCCAUCAUCUUCAUCUUGUAAGGCUCAAAGGCUUCUGUGCUGAAGGAACCCACCGGCUUCUUGCAUAUGAGUACAUGGCAAAUGGAUCUUUGGAUAAAUGGCUUUUCAGGAAAAACAACGGGGAACAUAUUUUGGAUUGGAAUACGAGAUUUAAUAUUGCAGUUGGCACUGCCAAAGGCUUGGCUUACCUCCAUGAGGAUUGUGAUGUAAAGAUCGUUCAUUGUGACAUAAAACCUGAGAAUGUGCUUCUUGAUGACAAUUUUAUGGCCAAAGUCUCGGAUUUUGGUCUGGCUAAGCUUAUGACUAGAGAGCAGAGCCAUGUUUUCACCACAUUACGGGGCACAAGAGGAUACCUUGCACCCGAGUGGAUCACAAACUAUGCCAUAUCAGAAAAGAGCGAUGUUUAUAGCUACGGGAUGGUGUUGCUUGAGAUAAUUGGGGGUAGAAAAAACUAUGAUCCUGCUGUGAGUUCAGAGAAAUCCCAUUUUCCAUCCUAUGCUUUUAAGAUGAUGGAAGAAGGGAAGUUGAAGGAAAUUAUUGAUGCAAAGCUGAAAAUAGAUGAAGAGGACGAGAGAGUCAGUGUAGCAAUAAAAGUUGCUUUGUGGUGCAUACAGGACGAUAUGUACCUCAGACCAUCAAUGACAAAAGUCGUGCAAAUGCUUGAACGUCUCAGUCCCGUGCCUCAACCGCCAACCGCUUCACAACUUGGCUCCCGGCUCUACUCAAGUUUCUUCAAAUCAAUCAGUGACGAGGGCACUUCGUCGGGGGGUCCAUCAGACUGUAACAGCGAUGCCCAUCUUUCCGCAGUUCGCCUUUCAGGGCCAAGAUAGCAGCUGCCGAGGAGAGAUUCACGUGUAAAUCGGGUCUUUGCUUUUGUAGUUUUUCUGUAUGUUAUUUAGAUUAGUAGAAAAUUUUGUGAUACAAACCGUAAUAAAAUAAUCGUAUUAUAUUUGCACCUGUAUUCUUUAUCUGUUAAAUUAUAAUACAAGGAAGUUGAAUAGUUUCUGAA